AUGGGAGUAGGGGCCAUCUCCAUUAUGAUGAAAUUAAACAUUUCCGUACUUUCUACUGCUCUCGUUUUCGUGUUAUAUGGCUCUCAUUCUAUUAUCUGUUCCUAUCCAUUGCAUCGCCACAUGGAGAAUGGUCAGUACAAAUCCCGAUGUAUAUUUGAAAUCGAGGAAUCUAGCCAUUCUUCAUCCUUCUUCCCUGUAUUGGUGCGAGGGGCCCCCUUCUUGAGUGGCGAGGGUCCCUUCCUAGGCGUCGCUGUUGUUGUUGCUUCCGAUGGUGAUGUUGUUGUUAUUGCUGCUGCUGUGCUACCUUGUGGUCUGACUCCCUUAGAAGGCGGUGGCAGGCGUAUUUUUGAUCCGAUAGAGGAUGGCUCUGAUGGGCGUGCAGAAGUUUGUACUGAGGCUGUUGAUGGUGUAGUCGUAUGCUUGAGAGGAGGAGGCGCGACUGAUGAUAACGUCGAUGAUGAUGAGGUAGGCGCAGAUGGCUGGGCCUUUCCAUAUGUCUUCGUAAAAUCUAGUAACUCAUCCAAUUCACCAUCAUCUACAGAUGUUGCAGUGUGA